AAACCAUCCAAGGCAACACUUUCUCCCACCGCUUGAAAGGAAACCUCUCUCCGAGCUCUUCUCGCCCAUAGCGGACUCAAAACCCUAACCCUAAACUCCCCAAGAAACCCAAGAAUAAGAAAAGAGGAGGAAAGCCCUAGCUCUCCAAAAUCCUCUCUUUUCUUCUCGUGUCGCUCCAUUUCCAGGUUCUGAAAUCCCUUCUCCAACCCUGGAAACUGGAGCCGAGGAGAACCGCCCGCCCCUCCUAUCGAUGGAAGAGGACUCCGCUCCCCCGGAAUCGUCUCGGAAGCACAAGGCGGACGCCCUCCAGGCUCUCGUCUCCGGUCCCCUCGCCGCCGCCGCCGGCCGCCUCGCCGGCCGCUCCCGCGGCAUUCCCUCUGGCAAGGACUUCCACUUUUACAACAACUUCGACGAGUUCAAGGCCCCGGCCAGGGAGAUCGCGGCCAAAUCCGAGUCCUCCCUGAAGGGCGUUGCCGCCUCGGGUCCUCUCUGGGGGAGCAAGAAGCCGCCACCAUUCCCCGACGAUCUUGACGACGCCUUCGACUCGCUCGUCAACCUGAACGACGAGUUUCUUGAGCGGUUCGGCAUCUCGAUGGAUGAAUUCAAGAGCUUGAGGGAGAAGGAGGAGGAGAAGGGCAGGAAGAUUAGCUCAAUGGACUUGGACGGUGGGUUUCAGAUGGUUUAUGGGAAGAAGAAAAAGGGGAGCAAGCAGGAAUCGGAGAAAGAUGUUGAGGAUCUGGCUUUGAGGUCGGCGGCCGGGGUUAAGGCAGUGUCGAGAGACAAGAAGACUACAGCACCGCGCUCGAGGGUGCCUUUUCAUAUACCGUCCAUUCCCAGGCCGCAAGCUAAGUACAAUAUCCUGGUAAACAACAAAAAUCAGCCAUUUGAGCAUGUUUGGUUGGAGAAGAGCGAGGAUGGGAGUCGGCUCAUCCAUCCACUGGAGAAGCUGUCCGUGUUGGACUUUCUUGAUAGAAAUGUUGGGGAAGGUGAGCCAGUUAAACCCCUCCCUGUAGAGGGUACCCCAUUUAAGCUUGUGGAGGGGGUGAACGAGUUAAAGGAACUAGCUGCCAAGUUGUGGGAUUUAAAUGAAUUUGCGGUUGAUUUGGAGCACAACCAGUAUAGGUCAUUUCAAGGACUGACUUGCUUGAUGCAAAUUUCUACAAGAACGGAGGAUUUUAUAAUAGACACCUUGAAAUUGCGCAUUCAUGUUGGUCCAUACCUAAAAGAAAUCUUCAAAGACCCCUCAAAGAGAAAGGUCAUGCAUGGGGCAGACCGUGACAUAUUAUGGCUUCAACGGGACUUUGGCAUAUACUUGUGCAACCUCUUUGAUACAGGGCAGGCAUCAAGAAUUUUGCGGUUGGAGAGAAAUAGUCUGGAGUAUCUCCUGCAUUACUUUUGUGGAGUUAAUGCAAAUAAAGAAUAUCAGAAUGCAGAUUGGAGAUUGCGCCCACUUCCUGAUGAAAUGCUCAAGUAUGCCAGAGAAGACACACACUAUCUCCUGCAUAUAUAUGAUUUAAUGAAAAGUAGGUUGAUAUCAGCAUCUACAAAUGAAAAUGAUCUUCUUUUAGAGGUCUACAAACGUAGCAGUGAAAUUUGCAUGCAGCUUUAUGAAAAAGAACUCUUGACCGGCACAUCAUAUCUCCAUAUAUACGGGUUACAGGAAGCUGAUUUCAACUCGAAGCAACUUGCUGUCGCUGCUGGGCUAUUUCAAUGGAGAGAUAGUAUUGCCCGUGCAGAGGAUGAGAGCACUGGCUACAUAUUGCCAAACAAAACUCUACUUGAGAUUGCAAGGCAGAUGCCCGUCACUUCUGUAAAAGUACGCCGCUUGGUGAAAUCAAAGCACCCAUUUGUCGAGCGCUAUAUUGACACUGUUAUAAGCAUUAUUAGGAGUUCAAUUGCAAAUGCUGCUGCUUUUGAGAGAAUUGCUGUGCAGCUGAAGAAAGGGCGACUGGAAGCUUCGCCCGUGCAAGAUAUGGAAGCAGUCAGCUACAAUUCUGACUUGGUCACCACCGUUGGUCAAGAUGAUCAUACUGUUGGUACUAGGAACAUCGAUACCACUAAGAGUGCUGAAUUGGCUGCAGGUUCCACAGCUACUGUAGAUGAUUGUGCCAAACUUGCAGAUUCCGGACUUUUCAGUAGACCCAUUUCUGCGGUGAGCAAAUGUCAUCAAGAGGAAAAAUCAGAUAUUAUGUCAUUGUCAGAAGUUGGGUGUUCACUCAAGCUAUCUGACACAGCUGGAACAAUGCAGAAGAUGGAUAAUGGAAGCACCGAGCAUUUACAACGUGCUAGGAAAGCUAGCAUUGCUUCAGUCCAAAUAUUGAAAAAGCCAACUUGCGGUUUUGGAGCGCUGUUAGGAAAUUCAUCUUCCAGGAGAAAGUUUAAUGCUGAUAAAGGAGGGAAUGCUGAACAGGUCAAGAAUGAGAACAAAGUAGAGCAGAUAAAAUCGACAGUAGCCCUUCCAUUCCAUUAUUUUGCAGGUGGAGAAAAACUUUCUGAGGCGAGUCCUGAGGUGAACCUCAACCAUCGACAGGUGGAGAAUCAGCAGCAGUGUACUGGCUAUAUCACCGAGACGAUGAAAUUGGAAGAAGUCAUACCAUUGGAGAAUGAGCCAGACAAUUCACUGUCUGCUGCAGAUAGCCCGAAGGCUGAUGAUAGUGGGAAGCACUGGGAAUGGUUCCCUCCUCUCCAAGAAAAUGGCAGCGGUGGAGGUUUUCAACCAGAAUCUGAUAAUACGGAAGGGCUGGCAUCGCCCUUGGAUCUUUCGUCCGGUUUUGAGAAAUGCUUUCAGUCAAUCAAUGACAGGAGAAGCUCUCAUCAGGACCAUAGGCCAUCUCCAGAGCCGGAUGUUAACCAUCAGUUGAAGCCAUUCAACUAUGCUGCUGCUAGGAAAAAUAUGAAGGUUGGAGAGGUCGGAGAAAAGGAUAGAGCUGAAAGUGAUGAUCGGCUUCCAACUUUACCAGAUUCAGGUGAGCUGCGUAAAGGCUCGAUGUUUGGUCAGUCUCGAGGUGAAGAAGUGAAGGGCCUUCAGCAUCCUCGGCGGCGCCAGGCUUUUCCACCUUCAGGCAACAGAAGCACAACAUAUCACUAGCACACUGCCAAUGUCUGUACUCAUGUAUGUUAAAAGUGCCUAUUUCAAGCAAAAGAAAAAAAGGUGCUACUUCUAAUAGUUUGCAAAAGAAAAAAACAAAAGAAUUAAGAUGGUAUCGGCGGCAUCGCUUCCCAACAUUUUUCUUGCAACGAGUGCACUUUUGUAAAUCAGAAGUUUUAUGUGGUGCAGGUGCAACGGCAGUGUAUUGCCAAUAGCCAGUAGUUAUGCACUGUAGAACCUUGCAUUGUGAAACAGCUUUGUUGCUGCCUCUGAUUUUGUUGUUAUCAUCGGACUAAUCUAAGGAUGUUUUUCAUUAACUGGAUCAUGAGAGUUUAGUUUUUU